AGUUUCUUUUCAGAGUUCGUGUCGAGUAGAUGGUUUGGAAGGAAAGUCUCGCGACCGUCUGGUUUGAUUGUGCGUAGGAAUUACUUCCUCUAACAGCUUGUGGCAACAGUGAAGAAAAAAGUGAAUUUGCGGUUCAAAAAUACCUCAAAAACAAAAUUCUACUAGUUGCGGUGGUGUUGUUUAGUGAUUUGAUCGAUUUCCAUCCGAUUUGCAAUGACGCAGCAGCUGUGAAUGAUAAUUUUCCGAGGUGGAAAAGGCUUUGUGCAAAUUUGUGGUGUCCCCCCUUGCGACCGUGUAGGAGAGUGAAGGGUGCUUGGGGCGGUCAGAAGAGUGCGAAGAUUUCGGUUCUGUGAUUUUUCCAUUGUUUUCGUUUUUCCGUCCGAGCGGAGCUGUUCUCCCGAGUUGGAAAUUAUUUACAACGCGAGAAAUGUCGCCCAGCUGGAAAGGAUUUAUUGCCGUCACAGUUCUGGCGCUAGCGGUGUUUAGACUGUCACUGGCACAGAGCACCACACAGGCGGCAGAUACCGGCGGAGGAGGCACCAGCGGCUCACCCUUAUCACCUAUACGAGAUGGUGGAGGGGGAGCAGGAGGAGGAGGAGCAGAUGGUCAGUGUAUUUGGUACGGGGUGUGCAACAACGAAACCGCACUUACCUCCCAGUACUGCAACUACAGUGGCCCACCAAAGCCGGUCAGCGACCAAACGAAGGACCUACUUAAGGUUUGGUGUAAACAUCUGCUGGUCGAUGAGGACGGAAAUGGUUCCAUCGAUACAUGCUGCGAUUCGGAACAGGUUCAAAUCCUCAACAACAACGUGAAAAUAGCGGCAAACUUCCUUGCCCGAUGUCCCUCGUGUAUGGCCAACCUGGUACGGCACAUGUGCGACUUCACGUGCCAUCCUAAGCAGUCCACUUUCAUGGAAGUAAAGGCAACCGAAUUAAAUGAGAAUAACAACAAAGAUUAUAUCACCGAAAUCGAUCUGCACAUCAUGGAGCAGUACAUGAACGGAACGUACGGUUCGUGCAGUCAGGUGGCGGUUCCCUCGACCGGUCAGCUGGCGCUGGAUCUGAUGUGCGGCGAAUGGGGCGCAUCUCGGUGCAGUGCCCGCAAAUGGUUCACAUACAUGGGCACCAAGGAAGGCAACUACUACGUCCCGUUCCAGAUUAACUACAUCGCCCAUCAGAGUACCAACGGCAGCGACUUUGCACCGCUCGAUCCUCGAGUUGUCCCGUGCAGCGAGAAGCUCGAUCAUAAAACUCCUGCCUGUUCGUGCAUUGACUGCGAGGCAUCCUGUCCGCGCCCACCAGCCCCGUCACCUCCCCCACAGCCUUUUGUAAUCUACGGUUUCGAUGGCUAUGCUGUGGUUAUGUUCUUCGUGUUUUUAGUCUGCAGUGGACUUUUUGUUAUCGGCGCAUGCCUCUGCCAAUCUGGGAACAACAACGGAGCCGAACUACUGGUGCCUGGCGACACAUUGCACUCGGACCUGCGCUCGACCGUGGGUCGCCGUUUGGCCGGUGGGCUCUCUAACAGUGGCGAUUUGGGUACCGAUCGCGAAGAUUCGCCCCUACAAUCGAAAAGAUCGAGUGCCACGUGGGAUGGCGAACAGGAACUGCGACCGCACCCGACUGCCAUCAACGGAGAAGAUGAAACCGAAUCGGGCUACUUUGAACGGCUCGGAGCCAAGACGGAAACCGCGCUGGAAAAGUUUUUCACCAUUUGGGGUACCACCUGUGCUAAACAUCCGUGGAUCGUCCUACUGUUCGGUAUCCUGUUCAUAAUAUCCAUGGGUUUCGGUAUCAAGUUCCUGCACAUCACCACCAAUCCGGUCGAACUGUGGGCUUCGCCCAACUCGAGAUCCCGCGUCGAGCGAGAAUACUUCGACUCGCACUUUCAACCAUUUUAUCGAAUCGAGCAGCUCAUCAUCAAGGCGGAGAACCUGUCCAACGUGAUCCACAAUACUUCCAACGGGGUCAUCGAGUUCGGACCAGUGUUCAACAAGCAGUUCUUGCUGGACGUGUUCGAGCUGCAGGAAUCAAUCAAAAAGAUUGAAGCAAUCGACAAAAACAACAACACAAUCGGGCUGCAGGACAUCUGCUUCGCCCCACUGACGGCAGAUUACAGAGGCCCAACGACGACGCAGGACUGCGUGGUGCAAUCGCUGUGGGGCUACUUCCAAGACGACAUGGACACCUUCGAUUACGAAAGUGAAGACCCACAAGGUUUCGCGAUAACCUACCUCGAUCAAUUGACGCAAUGUUUUGGAAACCCGUACAAUCCGGAUUGUUUGGCUGCAUAUGGAGGCCCAGUAGAUCCCGCUAUCGCACUCGGUGGUAUUCCCCAACCUUCAUCAGCGGAUGUUAAACCAAAGUAUGAGAAUGCAAAUGCCGUCAUAUUGACCUUCCUGGUUAAGAACUACCAUGACAAGAGUAAACUAUCAGCUGCCCUUACUUGGGAGGAAAGUUACGUGGCCUUCAUGAAGAAUUGGACCAGAGCAAACAUGAGCAUUGCGUUCACCUCUGAGCGAUCGAUAGAAGAUGAGUUGCGACGAGAAUCCCAGUCCGAUGUCUCGACUAUUCUGGUUUCCUACAUUAUCAUGUUCGCUUACAUUGCAGUUUCGCUGGGACACGUGAACCAGUGGAGUCGUGCACUGAUCGAUUCAAAGAUCACGCUAGGUCUCGGUGGUGUUGUGAUUGUUCUAGCAUCUGUAGUUGCUUCCGUAGGAAUCUUCGGUUACAUAGGACUUCCGGCGACGUUGAUUAUCGUUGAAGUCAUUCCGUUCUUGGUACUCGCCGUCGGCGUAGAUAAUAUAUUUAUUCUAGUACAGACCCACCAGAGAGACACUAAGAAGCCGACCGAGACCCAUGCUGAGCAUAUCGGGCGUAUUCUCGGUAGAGUAGGACCGUCUAUUCUGUUGACGGCGGUCAGUGAGAGUUGUUGUUUCUUCUUGGGUGGCCUUUCCGAUAUGCCUGCAGUUCGUGCCUUCGCCUUGUACGCAGGUAUGGCUUUACUGAUCGACUUUUUCUUGCAAAUCACCUGCUUCGUGAGUCUGUUGGCGUUGGAUACUGCCAGGCAAGCUGACAAUCGUUACGACGUGCUGUUUUUCCUUCGAGGAUCAAAGAAGGACGUGCCAGUCAACGCCAACAAGGAGGGCCUAUUGUACAAGUUCUUCAAGAGUAUCUACGUGCCUUUCAUCAUGCAGAAGCCAAUCCGGGUGGGAGUGAUGGUUGUGUUCUUUGGAUGGCUGUGUUGGAGUAUUUCCGUGGCGCCACACAUCGAUAUCGGGUUGGAUCAGGAACUUUCGAUGCCGGGAGACAGUUUUGUGCUAAAGUAUUUCCGUUAUCUGGGCCAGUAUCUAAGCAUCGGACCACCAAUGUACUUUGUGGUAAAAAGUGGGCUGAACUAUUCGCAACCAUAUGAUCAGAAUUUGAUUUGCGGUGGGCAGAACUGCAAUCUGGACAGUCUAUCUACCCAGGUGUACAUCGCCAGCAAACGGCCGGAGGAGACUUACAUCGCAAGGCCCGCUGCAUCGUGGCUGGAUGACUACAUUGACUGGUCUGCAGCGUCGGAUUCCUGUUGUGGGCAGUUCCCUAACGGAUCUUUCUGCCCUCAUGACAUGAACUGCGACAAGUGUUCGAUAAACAUGACAAGCUUGAAUCGGCCAAACGAACCCAGCUUUCGACGAUACGUAUCUUUCUUCCUGCAAGACAACCCUGAUGCUAGUUGUGCUAAGGCUGGUCACGCCGCGUAUGGAACUGCAGUGAACCUCAAAUCGAUACCGGCUAGUGUGUACAGCGAUGUUGGCGCUUCUUAUUUCAUGGCAUAUCACACCAUACUGAAGACAUCCUCAAAUUACUACGAAGCGCUACGCUCAGCCCGCAAAGUUUCUGCCAACAUCACCAGCACCAUCCAUGCGAAGCUACGCCUGGAAGGUCGCAGCGAAUCUGAAAUCCAGCAGGUCGAAGUUUUCCCAUAUUCGGUGUUCUACGUGUUCUAUGAACAGUAUUUAACCAUGUGGCCGGACACGCUCAAGAGCAUGGGAAUUUCGGUACUGGCCAUCUUCAUCGUUACAUUCCUAUUGAUGGGCUUUGACAUCCAUUCGUCGGUGGUGGUCGUGAUAACAAUCACGAUGAUUGUCAUCAACAUCGGCGGCCUAAUGUACCACUGGAACAUUUCCCUGAAUGCGGUAUCGCUGGUUAACCUGGUGAUGGCCGUCGGUAUCAGUGUGGAGUUCUGCUCCCAUUUGGUGCACAGUUUCUCCGUGUCGCUGGAGGAAACACGGGAAAAGCGAGCAGCCGACGCACUGACCAAAAUGGGCAGCUCGGUGUUCUCCGGCAUCACGCUGACCAAAUUCGGUGGAAUUCUGGUCCUGGGUUUCGCCAAGAGCCAGAUCUUCCAGGUGUUCUACUUUAGGAUGUAUCUUGGCAUUGUGCUGUACGGUGCCGCCCAUGGUCUCGUGUUCCUGCCGGUACUGCUGAGCUAUAUCGGCGCCCCUAUCAACAAAGUAAAACUGGCCAACCAUCGACGGCAGGCACUGCAGGACACCCAGGAAACAUCGCUCUCAACCCCAAGGGAUGGAAGAAUCUUUGUGUUCGACCAAGUCGAAGCCGAUGUCCAUGGCGUGAUGUACCGCAGAAGACGUUCCACAGACGACGUCACCGCCCGCCACCCCCACGCUGAAACUGAGAACAAUGAUGAUGACGAAGAUGAAGAUGAGAACUACCAAGGCCAGUACUUCUACCAGCCACAGCAGCACUGGCAGCAACAGGAACGACGAGAGCAGCAGUCGGCUCUGGACCAACAACAACAGCAACAACCGUUCUACGACGGUGGAACCCACGGACACCAUCAGCAGCAGCACCCAGUCCACCCCUACCAACACGACACGCGAGCAUUCGUCCAUUCGGAAGCGUAUUCAGAACAACUUACCGAACCUCUUCUGCAACCAUCAACCAGUAAACGAAGCCACACGCACCGACCUGUAGGCGGUACGUCUCCCACGGGGUCCACCGGUUCCGGUUCUGGGUCAUCCCAGAAGCAUGGCUCGCGAAAGAAAGUGCCCUCCUCGAGCACCGCCGUAGAUGAGAAACACGUGAUUCUCGAUGACAAAUCAGUGGUGACUGCAGCUACAGAGUGAAGCUUUGACUGAAGCACGGAUUCAGUAGUUUAGGUGCUAUUUAUAGGAGUGGAUAAGUCGGAUGAUAAAGAUCUUAUAUUUUUUUGUACCGAUCGGAUUAGUUGACGCUGGUUCAUCAACAUCAUUUUCACCAAAUUCGCAUUGAACCGAAGAGAAUCAUAACGACUUUUGUGAAGUGGAUUCCUAUCCUUGAAGAUGUUCACUAUUUGUAGUAGAGCUGUUUAGGGGUUAGUAGAUCAGACGGGAGCAGCAGAACUGUAGAUAACGAAACUUAUAUAUUUGAUAGGAAUGAGGAAUACGCGCGAGAGAAUUUGUUGGGAGAAUCUUUCAUUAGUAGAGUUAUAUACCAAUACGCACCUUGUGUGAAAAGGGGAAAUAUUUUGUAACGAAUAAACAAUCAAUCGCUGUGAGGAUUGCGAAUAGGCAUCUCGCGAAGAAGAUGGAAUUAUUCUUAUGAGUAGAAAUUCAAACAGCGAACUGUUACCGAAGUUGUUGAGAUUGAAGCGAAAAUGAGAACAAAUGGAAAAUCUUCAGAGAUUUUUGCAUCCGAUUGUCGAGCGAAGAAAUGUUCUGAGUAGAAAAAUUUAACUAGAAAAUGUUGAAGGUCGAAGAAUGAAAUGAACACAGAGAAAUGGAUAUAUAAAUUAAAAACUAAACAUUAUAGAACUGUAUAUGUCUAGGGAAUAAUCAAAUUGAUAGAGGUUAGUUUUUGUUUAGAUUUUGUAAGGGCACGUCUAGAUCCACGCUCUAACUCUAAGUCUACCGACGCCGUUGAAAACUGCCUAUCUAUAAAAGUAAAUGGUUGGAAAUCCGACCCGUUGGGCCUUGGGAUAAAAUGUUCGGAACUCUGAAGCGAGAAACUUGUCAUCCGAUGGGAAAGCUUGCGUUGUUAGAUAGGAUGGAUAAAAUCUAAAAGUAUGUAAAUGCUGGUUGAUUGCCUUACAAUUUGGUUCCUGUUUAUGUUAAACGGCGGAACAAUUUCUUUGCAAAUCUUUAAAAACGAUGGUAUGCCGCGUAUCGGUUGGUUUUUUAUUGUGAUUAUUGUGGGAGAUGAAUUAAUGCUACAGUCAUGAUCGCAAACCAAAGAGCAUAGAUACUAAGGUAAGGAAUAGACGAACUUCAAGCGUAUUUUAGUGUAUGAUAGAAAAUGUAAACAAAAAAUGGACACGUACGUAAUAGCACGGCAACUUAUGGGAGCUCAUCGUCAUACACAAAUGUCACGCACACUAAAUAUAGAUUUCCUCACCUUAGUAUCUAUUCUCAUUGAUCACUAACCAAUCGAUCGCACUAUCCACAUAUUUUCUUAGUACAGAAACAACCGCCAUAGCACCACUCUAUACUAUAGUAAUGAUGACUUUAUCUUCCGCCUUACUGUUGCUGUUAUUACUACAAAACUGUUUAAAACUCAUCUUCUUCGUUGUCAUCAUCACUCGUUUAGUCCAAGUGAUUAGUCCAAUCAGCGAGUGUGAUGACCAGUUUGCGUAGAUCUAAGAUCUUAGAAUUUUCCAGCAUAGACAGAGCAUGUGUUUACCCGUUAACGAAUGAUACAGAAAAGGGUGAUUAUGUGAAUGGUUUCUGUGGUUAAAUACCGCAUUUUAUGCUAUUAGUUACAAUUUAUCUACUGCGUAUUCCUAUACAUUAAAACAAGGGUUAUCAACAAUUGAAUGGUGCGAGAUAGGUAAAAAUAUACUGUGACUGCAAAAACGCAAACUCAGUUCAUUCAGAUCAAUAUAAAAGUUGUAAUACAAACAACAUAAACCGGCAGUUUCUUCUACGUUGCCUUUCUGAUAUUCAUCAUACUAUUGCCAGAAGUUGUAUUUAUGUGUAAACUGUAUUUGUUCCCCUGGCAUACUUGCAUACACAAUAGAGAAUAGACUUAAUUUCUUAGUGAGAAAAAAGGAUUAGUUGCUCACACAAUCCGGUCCAUUAGGUUUGCUCUGUAUUAAAUAGUUUUCGGUUUCUAAGUUCUCAACCCAAAUCUAAAGCAGAGGGCUAUACGUUAAAGUGUAUAUCUAAAGUAGGUUAGCUUUGCUCCAAUGUGGAGAUGUUGGGCUUUCUAUGUGAUUCCAUUUAUCGAAAGUAUUUUAGGGCGUAGGGAAUUGUAGCUAUCUUUUAUUUUGAGUUAGGAUUUUUUUGUCAUCAAAUGCUAAGUGAUUUGUAAUAUCAGUUCGUUCUUUAAAAAAAUAUUAAACACUUGGAUGAAACUUUCUAUUUUAAUUUAGAAAAGUAUUCUUUAAUUGAAAUAUCUUUUAUUUCUGAUAUUUUUAUAUAUUGUAUGUUUUGCUCAUAAAAUGGAAUGAAAGUGAACUGUUGAACUUAUUUUAUGAUGUGAACGUGAAACGUUAAAUAUACGAACUGAAUAGAAAUGAACAAACUUUUAAAUCUGUUUUAUUUUAUUUCCGUUACCUUUUCUGAUUUUAGGAUACUUGUAGAAGCUAAAAAAUGGAUAGGAAGCGUGAUGAAAUGUUGCUUAAACCCAAAUUGCAGAACAGGAAAGAAAAAUAUUAAUAAAGACGAUGUAUUUUGUACAGGAAACUAUUACGGGAAGUGCUUUAAAACUAUUCUCUAACUAUGUUACGUUGAGCUUUCGGUUGAUCUUUUUUCUUCCCCACAUAGCAACACUUUAUGCAGAGUCUUACGCAUUGAAAGCAGAUCUUAUGAACUCUGGUACUAAGCGAAAACCGAGCUUCUGGGAAAACAAAUACUGUUCAUUUUGAGAUACGGAAUACACUGUAAAUAGUGAAUCAUAAAAUUUUACUGUACUGAAAACAAAUCGCUGUAAGUCAAGAACAUCGUUUCAAACUCUUUCAAUAGGGAAAUCAAACUGCAGAAGCGAUGCCCGGUCAAGCGACAUCAACCUACUAACAUGUCUUGUAAGAUGUUGUAUUAUAUCACCACCCAAAUAAAGUGUUGUUUUUGUAACAAAA